CUGCUGCCUAGUCUGCUACCCUUGGGAACAGCGCCCCGGACUUGGUGCGUUCUUUUUCUGCUGCUGUGGCCCACCUGUUCCUUCCGGCCAAACAUGCCGUUCGUCGAGCUGGACACGAACUUGCCCGCCGGCCGUGUGCCCGCAGGACUGGAGAAGCGGCUCUGCGCGGCCACUGCAGCCAUCCUGAGCAAACCUGAGGACCGCGUGAACGUAACGGUGCGACCAGGUCUGGCCAUGGCGGUGAACGGCUCCACGGAGCCCUGCGCGCAACUCCUCAUCUCCUCCAUCGGUGUGGUAGGCACAGCCGAGGACAACCGUGGCCACAGCGCCCGAUUCUUCGAGUUCCUCACCAAAGAGCUGAACCUGGGCCAGGAUCGGAUGAUUAUCCGCUUUUUCCCCCUGGAGCCCUGGCAGAUUGGCAAGAAAGGGACAGUCAUGACUUUCCUAUGAUUGGCACAGAGGGCAUCAGGGCAUGCAUCUGUCAGCUGUCUGCCCCUUCCAGAGAGGCCUCCUGGCAGAGUAAGGGCCUGGUGGAUACCAGCUUCUGGCACUCCUUCAUGCAGAUGUGCCUAUGACCUCACAGUCAUCAUCUUCCCCAUCCUCAUGUCAAAUAAAUGAAGAGACUUCGUCUUUCUUCUUUUUUCCACCCCACCCCGAGA